GACCGCACUUUAAAUUUUUCUCCAUUCCUCUGCGCUUUUCUCCCUCCAUCUCAUACUUUACUAAUUCCUUCUCUACCUCCAUCCACCGGAAUAUAAUGCCGCGAAAUUUCGCGGUUUGCAUUGCCGUCGGAGCAUUUCUCGUCGCCAUUGCCGGCGCCGAAGAUCCGUACAGGUUCUUCAACUGGAAUGUCACGUACGGCGAUAUCUAUCCUCUCGGCGUCCGUCAACAGGGGAUUUUGAUUAAUGGGCAGUUUCCUGGACCUGAUAUUCAUUCUGUUACAAAUGACAAUCUCAUUAUCAAUGUCUUCAACAGCUUAACCGAGCCUUUUCUUAUCUCCUGGAAUGGAAUUCAACAAAGAAGGAAUUCUUAUGAAGAUGGGGUUUAUGGCACAACAUGUCCGAUUCCUCCGGGUAAAAACUUCACAUACAUCCUCCAAGUGAAGGAUCAGAUUGGAAGCUUUUACUACUUUCCUUCUUUGGCAUUCCACAAAGCUGCAGGUGGUUUUGGCGGUAUCAGAAUCUUAAGCCGUCCCAGAAUUCCCGUCCCAUUUGAUGAACCUGCUGGGGAUUAUACUGUCCUCAUUGGAGAUUGGUACAAAGCUAACCACACGACCUUGAGAAGAGUUCUAGAUAAUGGUCACAGGAUACCUUUUCCUGCAGGAAUUCUCAUUAAUGGACGUGGCCCAAACGGUGCUUCUUUUCCUGUUGAACAAGGAAAAACUUACAGGUUAAGAAUAUCAAAUGUGGGAUUGCAAAACUCCCUCAACUUCCGCAUUCAAAACCACAAGAUGAAACUGGUAGAGGUGGAGGGAACACACACGGUCCAACAAACAUAUUCUUCUUUAGACGUUCAUUGCGGGCAAUCGUAUUCUGUAUUAUUCACAGCUGACCAACCAGGUCAAGACUACUACAUUGUUGUGUCCUCUCGAUUCACCACACCAAUCCUCACAACAACCGGUAUCCUUCACUACAGCAAUUCUGCUGGUCAAGUCUCCGGUCCAAUCCCAGGUGGACCCACCAUUCAAGUUGAUUGGUCCCUUAACCAGGCUCGUUCUAUCAGGACCAAUCUUACAGCAAGUGGACCUAGGCCAAACCCACAGGGUUCAUAUCACUACGGUAUGAUAAACACUAGCAGAACCAUCAUUAUCCAAAGUUCUUCUGGACAAGUUGACGGCAAGCAGAGAUAUGGACUCAACAGCGUCUCAUUCAAGCCAGCUGACACUCCCCUCAAGCUUGCUGAUUAUUUCAACAUCGGAGGAGUUUUCCGGGUUGGAAGUAUAUCCGAACGACCCACCGGAGGUGGCCUCUAUCAAGAUACAUCAGUUAUGGGGGCUGAUUACAGAGCUUUUGUUGAGAUAGUCUUUGAAAACCCUUCCGAUAUCGUACUCAGUUAUCACAUCGACGGAUACCAGUUCUUCGUUGUCGGAAUGGAUGGAGGACAAUGGACUGAAGCUAGCAGGAACGGUUACAAUCUUCGAGAUGGAGUUGCCCGUAGCACGAUCCAGGUUUACCCAAAGUCAUGGUCAGCACUAUAUGUCGGGCUUGAUAACGUGGGAAUGUGGAACGUAAGGACUGAAUACUGGGCACGACAAUACUUAGGAGAACAGUUUUACCUACGUGUUUACACCAACUCAGGGUCCAUCAGAGACGAAUUCCCUAUCCCAAAGAAUGCACGAUUGUGUGGGCAGGCGAGCGGCCGCCACACACGACCUCUUUAAAACAACAGGAGUUGAAGAUCGUCGAGUUUAGACAUCAUUUAGCAUGAUUAAAUUUAUUUUGGUAAGUUUGUGCAAUUUAUUCCUUGUGGUGCUAUAUAAGCACUGCUUGGAAAAGUUAGUCAUAUGGUAAUAUUGUAUCAUUAGAACUGUUUAUGACCUUAUCUCAAGGUCACAUCACAAUUCUUUUUCUUACCUUAUUUAUAUAUGAGUGUAUUAUUAUUUUCUUUCCUUUAUCUAUAUUUGUAAUAAACAAAAUGGUAACAAGACUUUUGUCACUCAUAUUUUA